CACCGAUAUCCGAACCGCCAGUGCCCGACCCGAUCAACAAAUCCCGGCAGCGGCCAGCGGGUAAAAAACCCUAACCUUCUGAGAUAAAACUCAAUCGACAGUUUCAGGCGAGUGGACAGAUAGAGAAGUCGGAGAGGAAGGGAAGCGAGAGUCGAGAGAUAAUAAAAAAUGGUGUCCGGGUCGGGGAUUUGCGCGAAGAGGGUGGUGGUGGACGCCAGGCAUCACAUGCUCGGCCGGCUGGCAUCAAUCGUGGCGAAGGAGCUUCUCAACGGUCAGAAAGUGGUGGUGGUCAGGUGCGAGGAGUUAUGCAUGUCCGGUGGACUUGUUCGCCAGAAAAUGAAGUACAUGAGGUUCCUCCGCAAGCGCAUGAACACCAAGCCGUCUCAUGGUCCAAUCCACUUCCGCGCUCCUUCUAAGAUCUUCUGGCGAACUGUCCGCGGAAUGAUUCCCCACAAGACAAAGCGCGGAGAGGCUGCGCUUGCAAGGCUGAAGGCUUAUGAGGGCGUCCCACCUCCAUAUGACAAGAUCAAGAGGAUGGUUGUCCCUGAUGCUCUCAAGGUGUUGAGGCUUCAGAGUGGACACAAGUACUGCUUGUUGGGUCAGCUAUCAUCUCAGGUCGGAUGGAACCACUAUGACACCAUCAGGGAGCUCGAGGAGAAGAGAAAGGAAAAGGCUAAGUUGAUGUACGAGAGGAAGAAGGGGUUGAACAAACUUAGGGCAAAGGCUGAGAAAGUAGCAGAGGAGAAGCUUGGACCCCAAUUAGAGAUCCUAGCUCCUGUCAAGUAUUGAAGUUCUAGUGUACUGGCUAGUAGUAGCUUACAGUUUUGUUGUUUAGGGAUUAUUGUCCUUGAUGACCGUGCUUGUGAACGCAAUUAUGCCUGAGAAAGUGGAAGUUGAAUGUAUCGAAGACUUCAGCCUUGCUAAUGUCUGUUUGCCGGUAUGUUUCUCCCAUGAAUUUAGAUGCAUCAGAAUGGGCUAAAUUACACUACACGCUUGGUCACU